UAGGAUCAGCGGACAAGUCCAAAAGAUCCCGUCGACUGUUACGUUCGCUCGCGCUACCAGCUCCGGCAGAACUACCUAUCCGUACAGUUCUUUUUAAUCAAAUUAGCCUUGAAUCAUCUUCACAGAAUUAAUCGGAGACGUGGCCGUCGCCUAUCUGGACUAUCGGCACCAGCUGUCGCGGUUCGGUUAUGGGUACGACCGCCAGCAGUAAUUUGGGGCGUAGAUAUAUCUGAUAAGACUUGUAUAUAUAUCGGUGGACGAAGGAUUACCAGUGCGCGUACUUUGGCACAAUUGACGAACGAUGUCGACGAUAAUGGAGAGCGGAAAAUCCAUUAAUUUUACCAUAAAUGGAAUAUCACACACGAUAUCGGGGAACAUUCCGGCUGACACGUCCCUCAACGUCUACAUUCGCGACUAUGCGAAACUCCGCGGCACAAAAGCGAUGUGCCACGAGGGUGGCUGUGGCGCCUGUAUCGUGGCUGCGGAAAUCAAGGGAGAGAUAAUGGCUGUGAAUUCCUGCCUCGUGCCGAUAUUAAUCUGCGACGGAUGGACGAUUCACACGAUCGAAGGUAUAGGAAAUAGACGAGAUGGUUAUCAUUCGAUUCAAUCUGCGCUCGCGGGGAAAAAUGGCUCUCAAUGUGGAUAUUGCUCUCCUGGCAUGGUAAUGAAUCUUUACAGCCUUAUCCAGAACAAAAAAUUAACUAUGCAGGAAAUCGAAAAUUCCUUCGGUAGUAACAUUUGUCGGUGUACGGGUUAUCGCCCGAUUUUGGACGCGUUCAAGGGAUUUGCCAGCGACGCACCCCCAUCGCUGGUGAAGGACAUUCGCGAUAUUGAGGAGAUCUACAAAAUCAAAACCUGCCCGAAGAAUGGAAUGCCGUGCAAAGGCAAUUGCGUCGAUAAACAUUUUACAGAUGGAAAUACGUUGAAUAUAAAGUUGGCGGACGCGGAAUUCUAUAAAGUUUAUUCGAUCGAAAAUCUAUUUGCGGUAUUUCAAGAGAAACCGGAUGCAACGUAUAUAUUAAACGGCGGAAAUACAGCGCAUGGUGUUUAUCGGGUGGGCAAAAACGACCUCCACAUCGACAUAAACGACAUCCCAGACUUGCGUCGCAUCGAAAAAACUAAUGAGUCGCUGACCCUGGGUGGAAGCAUAUCCCUCACCACGGCGAUGGAGACCUUUCAGAAGUACUCGUCCGAGAACGGAUUUAAAUACCUGCAUCACCUGGCCCAUCAUAUCGAUCUAAUUGCCAGCGUGCCCGUGCGUAACAUCGGCAGCAUCGCCGGCAAUCUGAUGAUUAAGCACGCACACAAUGAAUUUCCAUCUGAUUUGUUCUUGAUGCUGGAGACAGCCGGUACUCAAAUACAUAUCCUCGAGGCACCGGGCGUCAAGAAAAACAUGAUGCUGCAGGAUUUUUUAAAGACAGAUAUGCGUCACAAGAUAAUCUAUAGCGUGGUGUUGCCAGCAUUAUCCGACGAUUACGAAUACAGAUCUUACAAGAUCAUGCCUAGAGCCCAGAACGCCCAUGCGCACAUCAACGCUGGUUUCCUCUUCAAACUCGACGGCGGCGGCAAGGUGCUAGAGAAGCCUAACAUCAUCUUCGGUGGCAUCAAUGAGCAUUUCUUGCACGCGAAAAAAACAGAAGAACUGCUGGUGGGUAAAUCUAUCCUUGACAAGCAAGUGCUGAAGACAGCCUUGGAAUCGUUGCAUAACGAGUUGCAACCUGAUCAUGUGCUGCCGGAUUAUUCGCCGGAAUUUCGCAAGACUCUUGCCGAAGGAUUAUUCUAUAAAUUUGUGUUGAGCAUCAAGCCGGAGAAUUUAAAUUCAAAACUUCGCAGUGGAGGUUCCUUGUUAAAACGAGAUCUCUCUUCAGGCACGCAGGACUAUGACACGGACAAAAAUACAUGGCCAGUGAACAAGCCUACGGUAAAGUUGGAGGCGAUCCAGCAAACAUCGGGCGAGGCUCAGUAUUGCAAUGAUCUACCACCGUAUCCUGGAGAAGUAUUCUGCGCUUACGUACUUACAAAAGUCGCUAAUGGUAAAAUAAACAGCAUAGAUGCGAGCAAGGCACUUGCCAUGAAGGGGGUAGUGGCGUUCUUCACCGCUCAAGACAUACCCGGCAAGAAUUUGUGUAUCUCGGCUGCCAGUCAGUUGAUGAUGUUGAUAAAUGACGAGUUGUUGUUCGCCGAAAAGGAAGUACUCUGUGCCGGUCAGCCGGUCGGCGUGAUCGUCGCCGAGACGCAUAAUCUGGCCAAUGAAGCCGCAAAAUUAGUGGAAAUCAAAUACACGGAGACCCUGAAGAGAAAGCCGGUGAUAACCGUUGAGGAUGCGAUCGCCACGAAAGACGAGACCAGAUUCAUGCAUAGCAUGAGCGUUCCAGCGAAAAAGAAAGGAAAGAAUGUUAAACAUACGAUAAAGGGCGUUUUUCAAGCCGGCCCUCAGUAUCACUAUCCCAUGGAAACUCAGGCCUGCGUAUGCAUUCCUGCGGAGGACGGUAUGGACGUCUAUCCAACAUCGCAAUGGCCAGAUCUCAUUCAAGUAUCGAUUGCAAAUGUCCUUGGUGUUAAAAAUAAUAGUAUCAAUGUCUCCGUGAGGCGAAUCGGCGGUGGAUACGGUUCAAAAAUCUCGCGGAACGCGGCAGUCUCAUGUACCUGCGCGUUGGUAUGUCACAAAUUGAAUCGCCCAGCGCGAUUCAUCACGACUAUCGAGAGCAAUAUGCAAUCGCAGGGCAAAAGAGUUGCUACGCGCCAAGAAUACGAAGUCGGGGUAGAUGACGAGGGAGUUAUUCAAUAUCUCGACUCGAAACAUUGGGGCAACUGCGGCCUCAACUUCAACGAUCCCCACGCUUUUGUCGUAGUGCAUCAUAUCGGAAGUUGUUACAUUAACGACAAUUGGACCCUCAAUGGGUACGAAGUGCGAACCGAUUUACCGUCAAACACAUACUGUCGAGCGCCAGGAUCCACGGAAGGAGUGGCCAUGACUGAAAAUAUAAUGGAACACAUCGCGAAAGUGACGAAAAAGGAUCCGCUAAAGGUCAGAUUGGCUAACAUGAACGACGUGGAUAAGGCCGCGUUAGAAUCCAUGAUAAAGGAUUUGUCGAAAUCGGCCGAUUAUGAGAUGCGGAAGCGGGCCGUUGAGACGUUCAACAAUGAGAAUCGCUGGAAGAAAAAGGGUAUUGCCCUGGUACCUAUGAAAUAUCCAUUCGGAUAUUUUGGUCAGUUCAAUGCUAUGGUGUCCGUCUGCGCUCGCGAUGGUACAGUUUGCGUGACGCACGGUGGCAUUGAAUGCGGCCAAGGUAUAAAUACCAAGGUUGCGCAAGUGGCGGCUUACACUUUCGGUAUCGACCUAAGUUUAGUCACCGUCAAACCAACCAAUAAUAUAAUAACGCCCAACAAUACGGUUACCGGAGGCAGUAUUACUAGCGAGGCCAGUGCAUAUGCCACGAUUCAGGCCUGCAAACAAAUCCUAAAAAGACUCGAGCCGAUAAAAAAAGAUAUGAAGAAUCCAAGCUGGCAGGAACUUGUUUUUACUGCAUAUUUAAAGGAUGUUGAUUUAUGCGCGCGUCAUAUGUACGCGCCCACGCAGGAUGACACGCUCAAGCCUUAUCCCAUUUACGGUGUUACCAUUGCCGAAGUUGAAAUCGAUCUGUUAACCGGCCAGCAUAUUAUCAGGAGGGUCGAUUUGAUGGAAGACGCCGGGGUAAGCUUGAAUCCGGAGGUCGACGUCGGUCAGGUGGAAGGAGCUUUCGUAAUGGGAAUAGGAUACUGGACUUCUGAAGAUCUAGUGUACGACCCUAAAACAGGAGUAUUAACGAGUGACAGAACCUGGAAUUACAAACCGCCAGGAGUGAAGGAUAUUCCUGAGGAUUUCCGCAUAACUUUGCUUAAAAACUCGGUCAACACAUUUGGUGUUCUUCGUUCAAAAGCAACUGGCGAACCACCGCUUUGCAUGAGUUGCGUAAUUCCGAUCGCGAUACGUAAUGCAUUGAACUCCGCUAGGGCGGAGGCGGGAGGUAAAGAUGUGUGGUACCAAUUAGAUCCUCCGUACACCAAUGAACGUAUACUUCUAAACGGUUUAACCAGCAAGGAUAAUAUGGUCCUGUGAGAAU